GUGUCGAAGCGCAAAGAGCUGGCACUGUUAUAUUAGAGAGAGAGAGUGCGUGUCUGUACGCGCCAGGCAGUGAUGUCCUCUUCUGCCAUGGAAGAGGGUCCAUAUCAGUCUGACACACAGGGCUGCAUGUUAUUAUGAAACUCUGAUCGACAGCGGGACUGAGUUAUUGCUAUUGUUGGGAUUUAACGCGCCCGGUGCGCCGGUGGGAGCGGAUGCGGAGAGCAGCAGCGGUUGCCGACGCGUCUCCAACUUGACCACUACCAGACAAUGGGAGCAGCUGAGCCGAGCUGCUGCAGCGCCAAGUACUACUACAACUGCUUGCCCCUGGGAGAUAAGUACGAGAAGAAGAAGGAGAACCAGAAACGAGAGGAGGGGGUAAAGAAGGAGAGGGAGAAGAAGAGACAGACGUGUUGUACCUGCAGCAGCAGCAGCCCCGGGACUCCCUCAGCAGCCGAUACGCACAGAUCCAGAACGACGCUCCGGUUGCCCCAGGGAUCCAUGUGAGACAGAACCUGCAGAUGUGAGAGAAAGCUCUCCUCUGUGUGCGGAUUUUAGGAAUAUAACACACCUGUAUUUGUUUCGGCGCUCCAGGGGCAAGAGGACGCAGGUUUUAGCAGUCAACCAGCCAAUGAAGGAAUAUGUGUAAUUUCUCUGUGAACUGCGGCGGAGCGCACAGACCGGACCUCAGAGUCAUCGCCUCUAGUCGUGUCAAGCAUUAGCAGCCUGUAAGCGGCUGCUGUCCUCUGAGACCAGAGACCCCCUCCGCCCCUGCCCCAUCCCCUCCAUUGUUUGUCCCCGGGUGUCCCCCCUCGAACCAAGACCUAGAAGAGCUCCCCCCUCACGGUCCCUUCCUCCCUCUGCCUCUGUCCGAGGUGCUGAAAACAUUUUCGGCCUGGAUUCAGUGGAUUUUCUCUUACGUCGGCUCUUGAGAAGUAAGCGGACAGGCAUGCUUUUAUGGAGGGUGAAGUGAUGGCCAUCCCACGGCUCGGCAUUGGAGAGUACAGGAUCUGACACGGACCCUCACCCACAGAAAAGCAGGACAUUCCGGGCUCACCUUGGAGGUCAUAAAACAUCAUCCCCGCCCUCCCCAGUCCCUGAUACCAGACCUUCUUUUCAACAUUUUCUAAAGAGUGUCCAUCACCUUCACAACCCCCCUUCAAAAAAUGAGACUCGCAAAAAUGUGCCGACUGAACCCGCUGGGGAUCUAUUUGUGGGAAACGGUUUUAUUUAUCAGCUUAGCGGCAUCAAAAGAAGCUGCGGCAAGGAAAGCUGCCACUCCGAUGCCACCGUCUGAGUUUCUGGACAAGCUUAUGGGAAAGGUCUCAGGUUACGAUGCCAGAAUCCGACCGAAUUUUAAAGGUCCACCUGUCAAUGUGACCUGCAACAUUUUUAUCAACAGUUUUGGCUCCAUUGCUGAAACAACAAUGGACUACAGAGUGAAUAUUUUCUUGAGGCAGCAGUGGAAUGACCCCAGGCUUGCUUACAGCGAGUACCCCGACGACUCACUGGAUCUUGACCCAUCCAUGUUGGACUCCAUCUGGAAACCUGACUUGUUCUUCGCCAAUGAGAAAGGGGCCAACUUUCACGAGGUCACUACUGACAACAAGCUCCUGCGCAUCUCUAAAAACGGCAACGUGCUCUACAGCAUAAGAAUAACUCUGGUCCUUGCCUGUCCGAUGGAUCUGAAGAACUUCCCCAUGGACGUCCAGACCUGCAUAAUGCAGCUGGAGAGCUUUGGCUACACUAUGAAUGACCUGAUCUUUGAGUGGGACGAGAAAGGAGCCGUGCAGGUGGCAGACGGCCUGACGUUACCUCAGUUUAUACUUAAGGAAGAGAAGGAUCUGCGCUAUUGCACCAAGCACUACAACACAGGUAAAUUCACCUGCAUCGAGGCUCGUUUCCACUUGGAGCGUCAGAUGGGCUACUACCUGAUCCAGAUGUACAUCCCAUCCCUGCUCAUCGUUAUCCUGUCCUGGGUUUCCUUUUGGAUCAACAUGGAUGCAGCGCCUGCCCGUGUUGGUCUGGGAAUCACCACCGUGCUGACUAUGACUACCCAGAGCUCUGGCUCCAGAGCCUCCCUGCCCAAGGUGUCCUAUGUGAAAGCCAUUGAUAUCUGGAUGGCAGUCUGUCUGCUGUUUGUCUUUUCGGCCUUGUUGGAAUAUGCCGCCGUGAACUUUAUCGCCCGCCAACACAAGGAGCUGCUGCGCUUCAGACGGAGGCAACGACACAUGAAGGAGGAGGACCCGGGCGAUGGGCGUUUCAGCUUCCCCGGGUAUGGCAUGGGUCCUGCCUGCCUACAGGCCAAGGAUGGCAUGGCCAUCAAGGGCAACAACAACAACGCCCCGACCUCGGCAGCGCCCGAGAAAAGCAUCGAGGAGAUGAAGAAGCUGUUCAUCAGCCGGGCCAAGCGCAUUGACACGGUGUCCCGCGUGGCCUUCCCGCUCGUCUUCCUCAUUUUUAACAUUUUCUACUGGAUCAUUUACAAGAUCAUCCGCAGUGAGGACAUCCAUAAGCAGUAGUUCAAUAGAGGAAAAGGGCGACAGUGACAUGAAGCAAAGGAAGCAGCAAAGCAAGUUAAAAAUAUGAGACAAAAGUGACUUCAAGGCAGAUUAUAUUGCCCUCCUUUUCCAUCCGUAUCUCUUGUCCUCUCCUUUACUCUCCUUCACUUUGGUCGAGGGUUUGCUGCUUUUUGCAGCCCCCUCAAAAUCCAACCUGACCAAAUCAUUUAAAGAUGCUUUUUCCUCUUUAUCCCUGCUCCUGAAUCCUAGACCCUUUUCCUUUAUCUUCAAUGUCCCUUAACAGUCCGGACCAGUGCAAUAGCAAUGCAGUAAAAUGCAUGAUAUAUGAAUGUGGCAAUAUGUCGAAGAAGAAACGUUAAAAUCUAAACAAACUUUUCAAGGAACACAGAGGAAAUGAUUUGGGAGUGAAACGACUGGAACAAAAGGAGACAAAAGACCUUGUAUUUAAUUUUAGCUUUUUUUGUGAAGACAAAUAUAUAACUCUUUGUGGAAAUAUGAUGUAGAUGGGGUAGCAAAGGUGAAAGUGGCAUACAGCAGUGUAAUAUAAUUAUUUACCGGAAUCGGAAAAUUUAUGGACCAUGCCUCUAAGGGUGGACAGCUGGAACAAAGGAUGUUUCAUCCCCCAAAAAAUAAAAGAAAGAUGGCGGUUCAGUGCUUCCACUAAAUUAAUUGAUGCAAGGAUCAUGCAUUCUAUAUAUAUAUAGAUUUGCUUCAAAUAUGUAUUGCAAGCACUUGUCAAAGCUUUCCCUCCCUCCUGCUGCCAAUGCCACAAAAGCUACAGAGAAACUUGAAGUUUGUCGCUGCUGGACUAUAAAGAAAAAAAAAAAUGAAGACACUAAAAACAUAAUGGACACCCAGAGCUGAUUAAUACUUGUGAUCAACAUCUAUCAUUUCCUAAUUACUUUCAGUCUGCAUAUUUGUGUUAUUUGUUUGUUGUUGUUUUUUAUUUAUUAAUUAUUAUCGAUAUUAUUGAUAUACGUGCCAACUAAACUUGUCCCUUGUUGCUGUGCAUAUCUCGUCAUUUCUGACCUUUUCCUCUGGAGGGAGGGUGAGCAGUUUGAUGUCUUUUUAGGAUUUUGUUUUGAUCACUAAGAUUUGAGUUCAAUGCCAUCAGCGGAAGAAAGACCAGAUCGAUCCUUGACCGGAGUAAAAAAAAAAUGCAGAGUCUGAUUCAUUUUCCUUCGCUGUAUUGGUGAGACUAAAACAUCCUUGUGUUGAUAUCACAGGGCUUCCUUGCUUCAACCCUGCCUCAAGGUGACACCAACAUCCCCCCGCCUUUCUUAAUCCCAAGCAAGAGGACAACAUGUCUUAAAUCAUCCAGAUUAUAACACAGAACUUUACCUCCAUCUCAUCCACAUGACCCAGCUGUAGCUCGACACUUAAUGGAACUACAUGGUCACAAAUGCAGAAUGCAUUAACUUGAUUUGUUUCACUGCAAUGGGUUUAAUCGGUCAGGCUGGUUUAUGUGAUUGAUUGAUAAUUUUGCUUUGCACCAGGCUUUUCUAUGCAAUGAUCAGUAUAUGCAAUUUUAAUUUUAACUUCAUUGCUCUUCCAUCUCAAGUGGCUACACUUUAUUGAUAGUGAGAAUGUUGAGGUAGUGGCCUCUUUAAGGCACUUUUGGCCAAAAAGCAUGCAGAUGACUGCAUGAAAAACUAGUCUUUAAAAGGAAAUGGAGCCAAAUCUUGCUUGAUAUCAUUUUUUUCCCCUGUUUAAUGCACACAAGAAUAUCAUAUUUGUUAAUUCUUCUGCAUAGUAAAUGCAGAAUAUCCCUAAGUGCUUAUUUGUUUUGAAAAUGUUUUGAACAAUGAAAAUCCUGGAAAAUUACCAGUUUUUUAAGCAAAGAUGAAAAUAUAGAAUUAAUAUAAUAGAUGUUAUUGUUGUGAUACGAUUUAGAAAAGAGAUUUAUUUAUACUAAUGACAUAAAAUGUCUUUUAGCACCUAACAAAAAACACUAAAUUGCUCAAAAAUGUAUAAAUUGAGGUUGAAAAUUCCUGGCUUAACAUCAGUAGCUAAGAGCAGUCUUUCCUGUGAAAUCUAGUUCACUCAUUAUUCAUUAGGAUUUUCAUAACAGGAAGAACAAAUACAAUACAUUGGAGGAACUAGUUUCAGGCACUUAUUUUUGGAGUAUAGAACUGAAAAAAAAAAUCAUAUAUAUUAUAGUCUAUUAUAAUGCUCCUGUUAUGCACAAAAAUAAAUCUGCAGAAUAUAUGUUUCAUUCCUUUGCAAACUUCAGUCUAAUAAUUGCCUAAACAGCUUUUUACCUCUUAGAGUCACAUUUUUUGAUAUCCUUGAAUAUGUCUAGUGGAACAGUUUAUCUUUCAAAUCAGAAAUCUGUUUUAUUCCAUCAUGAAUAUGUCCAAGGCUUUGUUACUGAAGAUAUGUCAGGCUGAUCUGAAGGGCUAAGCCACCUAUUUAUUAUUUCAUUCUGAUUCUAGACUUUAUAGUAAAAAGAUCCACAUAAAUGCAUAUCACCCCAAAAGAUAUGCCUUUCUUUCCAAACACAUGUUGGUGAAGCUGUUUCUACUCUUUAUCAUCCAACAGCAACUUUUUCAACUGAGAAGUUUUACAGAUCAAAAGUCAGUUUGGUCCAUCUAUCUUCUAACACUCACUCUAGGCCAAGUUGCAGGAGCAAUGCAUUAAGCAGAAAUCCCAAGACCCUUUUUCUUCCCAGCUACUUUCCCCAGCUUAUCUGGGGAUGCCCAGAGUCAAGAAAGUUAAUCUUACCGGUGAGUUAUGGGUCUCCCCCAAGCAAUUAUCCCACCAGAUGCCAAAACCAGUUUAGUUGGAUGAUUUUAAUCUGUAGAAGUAAUGAUUUUAAUCUUGGCUCCCAACAGUAGAACAAACAUCUCACAUUAUCAAUACAGGCCCAAAAUACUUAAGAUCCUGCUGUGACAGGCAUUGAUAUGACCCAGCGCCCAGGGCACCAGUCCAUCUGUGGGUGACAAAGGCACAGAGGCAAACGGUUAUCUGUGGAGUUGGCUGGAAAUGGGUUUCUGCUGCCUAUUGUGAUUGACGGCUGGAGGAGAAUUAGAAAACAUGGGAUAACAAUGUUGCUGUCUGAGACACUUAAAAUAGUAUCUGAGCUGAUGUUCACAAUUAACAACCUAUUUAAGUCGUUAUCGUCUAACUGUGUUUUUUUAGGGAUCAUUGGCCGCCUUUAAUCAUCUCUACACUGCAAAAAAUCUAAAUCUAGAUAAGUCAUUUUUUUCUAAAAAUAAGUGCAUUUGUUCUUGAAUUGAGGAGGUAAAAGAGACAUUUUGCCAAUGGAACAAGGCA